CGGUGGCCGUGCGGCGUCCGCUGCCCGAGCCCCACCGGGAUGGGGAGGGAGACAGCGGCUGCGAGCGGCUGCCGAGAUUCCCGCUGACGACCCCGACCCCGCCGCCGCCGCCUGCGCUCCUCUCCAGAGGCGCCAGACGUCCCAGCAGCUCCGAGAGUGCGAGCCCGGAGAGGCGGCUGGACCUCCGAGUCCGCGCGCGCAGGACAGAAUAAAAGGCUGAGCUAUGAUAGCGACUGGCGGAGUGAUAACCGGCCUGGCCGCCUUGAAGAGGCAGGACUCUGCCAGGUCCCAGCAUCAUGUCAGCCUCAGCCCCUCGCCUGCCGCCCAAGAGAAGAAACCCGUCAGGCGUCGGCCCCGGGCCGAUGUCGUGGUUGUUCGAGGCAAAAUCCGCCUUUAUUCCCCCUCUGGUUUUUUCCUCAUUUUAGGAGUGCUGAUCUCCAUUGUAGGAAUUGCCAUGGCCGUCCUUGGAUAUUGGCCUCAAAAAGAACAUUUGAUCGAUGCUGAGACAACACUGUCAGCGAAUGAAACGCAGGUUAUUCGGAACCAAAGCGGUGUGGUGGUCCGCUUCUUCGAGCAGCAUUUACAUUCUGAUAAGAUGAAAAUGCUCGGCCCUUUCACAAUGGGGAUCGGCAUUUUCAUUUUCAUCUGUGCUAAUGCCAUUCUUCACGAGAACCGCGACAGAGAAACCAAAGUCAUCCACAUGAGGGACAUCUAUUCCACCGUCAUCGACAUCCACACGCUGAGGGUCAAGGAGCAGAAGCAUACGAAUGGCAUCUACACUGGUCUGAUGGGAGAGGGAGAAGUGAAGCAGAACGGGGGCUCCUGCGCCUCCCGACUGGCAGCCAAUACCAUUUCCUCUCUCUCGGGUUUCAGGAGCAGUUUUCGGAUGGACAGCUCUGUGGAAGAGGAUGAGCUUGUGCUAAAUGAAAAUAAGAGUCUGGGGCAUCUUAUGCCGCCUUUGCUCUCUGACAGUUCUGUCUCUGUCUUUGGCCUCUAUCCGCCUCCUUCCAAGACAGAGGAUGAGAAGGUCAGCGGCUCUAAGAAAUGUGAAACCAAGUCCAUUGUGUCGUCAUCCAUCAGUGCGUUCACGUUGCCUGUGAUCAAACUUAAUAACUGUGUUAUUGAUGAGCCCAGUAUAGAUAACAUCACCGAGGAUGCGGAGAACCUCAAAAGUCGGUCCAGGAAUUUGUCCAUGGAUUCCCUUGUGGUCCCUUUGCCCAACACCAGUGAGUCCUUCCAGCCAGUCAGCAUGGUGAUCCCACGGAAUAAUUCCAUUGGGGAGUCAUUGUCGAGUCAGUACAAGUCCUCUGUGGCCCGUGGACCUGGGGCUGGACAGCUCUUGUCUCCUGGGGCUGCUAGAAGACAGUUUGGGUCCAAUACAUCCUUGCAUUUGCUCUCAUCACAUUCGAAAUCCUUAGACUUGGACCGAGGCCGCUCCACCCUAACUGUCCAGGCAGAGCAACGGAAACAUCCGAGUUGGCCUCGGCUGGAUCGAAGCAACAGCAAAGGAUAUAUGAAACUAGAGAACAAAGAGGACCCGAUGGAGCGGUUGCUUGUGCCCCAAACCGCAAUCAAAAAAGAUUUUACCAAUAAGGAGAAGCUUCUUAUGAUUUCAAGAUCUCACAAUAAUUUGAGUUUUGAACAUGAUGAGUUUUUGAGUAACAACCUGAAGCGGGGAACUUCUGAAACAAGGUUUUAAUGUUUGAAAAUAUAUAUCAUUUUACAAGGCUAUAUAUUUUAAACCUAUUUUCACUAGUGUUUCCUUGUCAAAGUAUUGGUUAUAAGCAUUUUUCAUCAAAUGGUUCGUAGUGUAUUAGAUCUGGCUGCUUAAUUCUGUAAUGGGAAUAGUCGUAUGUUUGGGUUACUAAGAUUGCAGUACUCUAUAUUGUCACAUAUGAUUUUAUUUUUUUCCAUUCCUUUGAAAGCAUGAUCUCUUUUAUUUAUAUGACUACAAAAUACUUCCAUCUGAAUUAAAGCUCUCUCUCUCUCUCUCUUUUUUUUUUUUUUUACUUUUAUGUUCUCUCAUUGGUGGUCAUAUUCACAGAAUGAAGUGUCCAGUUUGGAAAAGGUAGGGAACCAAAGUGUGGACCAGAAGUACCGAAUUCAGGCACAAGCCUCAGUAUAUAUGUAUGAAUGUGUAGGAGUACAAAUCUUAGGUGUGCUUUCCUGAAUAACUGCUUUUAUAUAGGAUUGGUUAGAUUAUUCAAAAGGAAAAAGAUCUAGCUUAUGUGUGAGCUAAUAAAAUGAACUGGUUUAUUUCUGUGUGAGCUAAUCGAUAUGAAUUGGUUAAGCUGCCAGGUAGGUAUUAUUUUUUUCAACAUCAGUUGUAUUUUACUUCUAUUUUAUCAAUAAACCAUGUAUUUUAGAGCCAUGCCUGAGAAUGUGAGAUAUUCUUAGGGGCAAGAUAAUAAAAAUGCUAUCAGUUGUAACUUUAGAUACCCAGAAUUGAAACUUCUUUGCAACUGACUUGGAAAAUGAAUGGACCAAUUGCAUUUGUAGAAAUACUACUUUAAAAUAAUAACAUACAUGAAGAAAAUGUUGACUAAUGAAUGAAAAUGCAUUACAUGCUAGUUAGUGCUAACUAGUCUCAGUGUCUUUUGCUAGUCGUCUCUGUUGUCAUCCAGUGUCCACUCAUUCUCACAUCCUUAUUUUCCCCCAAUAUUUUUUACAUCCUUUUACUUGGAAAAUAAUCAGCUAACCUUGGCAUUUCUUUUUAUCUUCACAUAUCACUGGCUUGGUGGUUUUAAAAAAUUCAAUUCUUGAUAAAUUGCCUUGAAAUUUAUCUUGUGCUAUAGAAAGCCUUAUGCUGACUCCAAAGACUAUCUUAUAGUAUAAUACAUUUUGGGGAGUGUGGUUCUCAGUUGUUGAAGAUAAUAAAUAUUAAAAUGGAUAUUUAUCAUCAGAAAAUUUUCAUGUUUUCCAUUAAGGUAACAUAUCAUUUUAAGAAUUGUUUAAUGGAAUACUCAGGAAACUUUACAGGUUCUUCCCAAUGCUUAAACAUUUCUGAACAUCAGUAUUGCAGUUGUUGUGGAAGAAGAGAAGGAAGAUAUAUUUCUAUUCGUAGGUUCCCACAAUUCCAUCUUGUGUUGGUAUCAUGAACUUAAGGCACAGUGUUACUUGUUAGAACAUCAAGCCUGUGUAU